AUUGUUAUUAAACAAUUGCUAUUGAGUUUCAGAAGCAUUACUCAAUUCAAGAUGCGAUUGAAUCAAGUAAUUCCUAACUUUCAAGCUGAUUCUACCAAGGGUCCUAUUGACUUUUACGAAUGGCAAGGGGAUUCCUGGGUAGUUAUAUUUUCACAUCCAGCGGACUUUACUCCGGUUUGUACAACCGAACUUGGUCGUAUUGCUGUUCAUUACCCUCAUUUCAAAAAACGUAAUGUUAAAUUACUCGCACAUUCUGUUGAUAAACUCACGGAUCAUGUUGAUUGGGUCAAUGUAACGGUCAAGCUAGAUAUGAUCGACGAAGAGUCUAAGGAUGAUCCUGAGAACGCAAUAACUGUCCGAGCGCUUUACAUUGUCAGUCCUGAUCAUCGUCUUCGUUUGAGUAUGCACUAUCCUACUUCAACUGGUCGUAAUGUCGACGAAAUUUUACGUGUAAUCGAUUCAUUGCAACUGGUGGAUCGCAAACCACAAAUCGCGACUCCAGCAAAUUGGACACCUGGUGAGAAAGUGAUGAUUCUACCUACAGUUGAUGAUAAUGAGUUGCCAUCAUUAUUCCCCGGUGGGGUAGAUAAAGUUUUUAUGCCUUCUGGCAAAGUUUACGUUUGUACUACUACCGAUUAUUAA